GGCAGGAUGGUUCAGGUAAAACUGAGUGUUGCAUGUGAUGAGGACCACCUCUGCGGGUUGCACUGAUCUGACUGAGAAAAUGUGUCUUCACGUUUUUAAUGAUGUAAGAUUAUUCAUGAUUCUCAUUACAGUUGCUCCACUCUCCAGCAGACAGGUCUUCCUCAGCGGGGGGGCACCUGCUGUCCCGCUCUGCGCUGCAGUGUCUGCGCGCGCGGAUGAGAGCACAUGAUUAUUGAACAGCUGGAAGGAGAGGCAGACCUGUAACACCUGAGCGGACUUUGAACAUUACAGCAUCGCGCGCACGGGGAAACGCGACAGCCAAAACGCAUCACUUUCCAUCACCGGGAGAUCCAGAAGAUGAUGCCCCGUCUGCCGGGCGGCGGCAGGACGGCGUGCGGGGCGACGAGCACCUUUUUGUCGGCGUGUCUGGUCUCUGCUUGUCAAGCCCUGCGGAGCUGCGGGGAGGUCCAGUGCGGCGAUGGCCAGCAGUGCUGCCCACCCGUCGUCACCGGGAACGGCAGUGCCAGCGCCGCGGUGCGCUGCUGCAAGCUCCCCAUCCACAUUUUCUUCGACAAUGUCGGCUGGUUCACGCGGAAGCUGUCGGGCAUCCUGAUCCUGUUGCUGCUCUUCGCCAUGGGCUACUUCAUCCAGCGGAUCAUCUGCCCACGGCCCCGCAGGCACCCGCACCAUGACCGCAGCGAGGAGCCCUCCCUAUUUCACGGACACGCAUCCGCGUCCCAGGACUCCCUCCUGGAUCGUUACCCCGAGUACAGCAUCGGGGACUUCGCUUCGCCUAACCUGCCAGCCUACGACGAGGUCAAAUACUUGCCCACGUAUGAGGAGAGCAUGCAGGAGAUGCACAGAGACCGGUCUGAUGAUAACUUGCUGUCGGAAAACGAGAGAGGGAGUCGGGAUAGGGGGAGAGCGGCGGGACCGAGAGCCGGAGAGCAGAGACGAGAAGUCCUGGAGGUGUCAGGACCGCAACACAGCCCAAGGACGUCUCGGAACUCUGUCUGACGGGAGACAAGACAUUGGGCAAAGCUUCACAGACAAUACAGCGUCCUUAUUUUAGUAUAAUCAGGGUCAUUAUCUUGCAGAGAUAUAAACUCAAGUGCAAUUAUAAUCCUGAAUGUUCAGAAUAAAAGGAGGAGGCUGAGAAAACGAGUGUGUUCUGUAAGAUUACGGGGGAUUACCCGCCUUUUGUAUGCAAAUAACUGCGUGGGUUAAGUAAAGGAGAUUAUAAGGAAGCGAAGGCGUCUGAAAUCGACACUCUUUGUGAAGGGGACAGCUAAUUUGGCUGCGGUACAAUCGCAUUAAGUUUUACUUCAGCACCUCAAUUUUAAGUGGCACCGUGAAAGAGUGUUUCUGCUGUCACUUUCUCAGACUUAAUGCUGAAUAUACUGCUGGACCUGGACCUUCUUGGCUCUUAUUUAUUCUGUGCUGAAUUUGCAUACAAAAGAAGAAAGAUUCAGUUUUGUCUCCUCUCAGUGACCUGAAAUGUGGGCUGACUGAAGGGCGGAAUAUCAAUUUUGAUUACUUCUCAAGCAGCCCCGCUUUAGAGCCAGUUAAUCUAAAGCUUAUCAUACACACACUUCACUUGGGGCAGACAGGAGAGUGUUAUCAGUGACCUGAGCCAUGUCUGAUACUGCAAAGGCUGAAGAAAAGCAGAGGGGGGAAUUUUCUGGCUAAAAAAACUCUGAUCCUCGGAGCCAUAAUGCCUUCAGGCAACAUGUAUCAGUGACCCCCAGGUUAUGAAUUCAGGAGAGACAAUGGCCGAGUUUACAGCUGGCAUACUGAUGGGGUGUAAGCUGCCAAGAAACAAAGUUGUUGUGUGUUUUGGGCUCAGCAUAUUGGACAAGAUCACAGACCAAGUGCUAUCCUGAGCAGUUCCUGUCUGACUGCACAGGUCAGACAGGAAACAUGAGUGAGUCACAGAGAGGAGGUAAAUUAUCUCUUUCUGUUGUUGAGAUAUACUUGUUCAUCGAUCAUGUCUGUGUAUAAUAAUCUAUUUUAAUUUUCAAUAACUAAUGAGGAAAGAGGGUUUUUUUGAGCUGCUGUGAAAAUACAACCAAACUGACACUACUAAGACCUCAUCACACCAGACCUAAUGGUCUGUAUAUAUAGAUUACAGCUGUAUUUGUCAUUAACUGUGCAUUAAAUCGCCUCAUUAUGUAAUUGUACUCAAAAUGCUCAUUUGUCUUUACGCAUUGCUUUGACAUUGACUGGGCAGUGAACGGUCACACUUGCAAAAUCCUCUUUCUAGACAGAUUUUAUGAGGCAUUAGUUUAUAAUUAGUCCAAGGGGACAAGAAGGACCAUCUCCGUCAUGGCUCAAAGUAAAGGUUGUCUUUACAGUCAAAAAGAUUUAAAGUUAUAAACCAAAUUUGGCUUUUUAGAAUGGCUUCAAUUCAUGUCAUAAGAGGUUUUCAUGGGUCAAAUAGCUGUUUCUGAUUUCAUAACUAUUCAAAAUAAAACAUCCAAAAGAAAAUAAAGAUUAGAAAAAUCAAAAGUUCACAUUUAAGAGGAUAAAAAUAAGUGACUUUGUGUCAUUUUGCUUAAAAAAUUCCAACACAAUCAUCACUCUAGCUGUUUUUUUUUGUACAUUUACACUUUACACUAUCUAACAGUGCAUAAGUGUAAAGCUCAAGGUUGGUUAUAGUUAGUGUGGUUGUCUGUCCAUGAAAUUCUGUCAUAGCCUCUAAAGCAUCUGUAUCAGCUGAGACUCUACAAUUAAGGACCAUGCACUCCUCUAAUGGCCCUGCCACUGAAAGUCUGAGUGUGAUUCUGGUGGCUUUUGUAAUUCAAUCCUGCUAGACCAUGAUGACAGAGGCAAUAGUGAACACUGAUAGCUUUCCUUUCCAGAGAGAGCAUUGUGGGAAGGUGGAGUUUGCACUUAAGAGGCACUAAAUCCAUGGUUAAAACCACUGAUGGAUGGAUGACAUGGAGUGAGUGACCCUAGGAUGCAUGAUAGUGAGUGAUACUUGAAUGAUUCAAGGUGUGAAUGUUGCAUCAAAAUGGUAACCCAGCUUCGAUUUCCGAGCUGUGACGGGAGGUUUUGGAGCAGAGGGCAGUCUACUUUUGUUCCAGGGAUGUAUGCCAGUGAUCCAGUUUCUCUAUUGCUCUCUGAACCAACAAACAGAUAAACUAUUAAGGUCAAAUCAAUGCGCAUUAGCCUCCCCUUAAACUCUGCAUUAUAUCCAGGAAGUGUAUUUUUAGAGGAGCUGCAUUGUGAGAGCAUCGAUUGCACAGAUGAGGACUUGCUAGUCAGUAAAUAUUGCGAAAAAGCACUGUGAUUUAAUAAAAGAUGAGUAUGGG